UUUAAAAUAACUUUUAUUAUUAUUUUUAAGUAUAUUUUUAAUAUUUUAAACACAUUUUAAUUUGAACUAGUGUAUUUAAACCGAUUUUUAAACGAACAAUUACAUUUUAAUAUAAUGCUAUCAGAAAAUUUUAAAUUUUUAUCAAAUCAUGAACUCAGAAUUUAUGAUUGAUUUUGGAAAGGACUCAAAGCCACCAGAAAGCGAUGGAAGAAAUCAGGAGGAUGACACAUUAGAUAAUUUCACAAGUUCGAUAUUAUCUCAGUAUGCCUCUGGAUUGAACCCACCAAUAUGCAAAGUAUCUUCUUCAACACAGGAUGCGCCAUUUCAACCUGAAAAAUUACCGUUUGAUUUCUCAAAUUCAUCUAAUGAUGAUAGUAAUAGUGUAAACUCAGAUGAUUUAUCGACUUUUAAUAACUGUAUAAAUAAAAUUGAGAUUCUUUAUACUAUGUCAACUAAGUUAGAGAAGCAAUGGAAUGACUGGUUUCACUUGAUAAAGGAGAGAUCAAAUUACAAUAGAUAUGACUUAUCUCUGAAGAAACCAUCAAUUUGGAAGCAAAACCACAAUUUGAAUGAUUUACACUUAGAAUCUAUAUCUCGUUGGAUUGAAAUAUCCUCAAACAUUUUGUGCAGUUUGGCAUACACCUUAAAUAUAGAUAGCAAUCUGUUUGAUCUGAAUGGUUCAAAGCUGUUGCAAGAAUCAAUUGACGAGGCCUAUUCAAAAUUUAACACUGACAUUUCAAAGGUUUGGGAACAACCCAACGUUACAAGCCAACAAUUAAAAAAUGAUUUUAAAAACGACUAUCUCAAAAUGAUUAAAUUUAACACUAGAUUACAGUCCAAUUACGAGAGGAUUCUUGAAAAAUUAAGAAAUGAACGAGAUGAAGCGAUUUCAAAGGCAGAACAAAAAACUGUGUUGGAAAAGGAGAUUUGUUCAUUAAAGAACCGAAUUUCCAAAUUGGAGCAAGAAUUAGUUAACAAAGAUAAGGAAAUAGAAGAUUUGAAUAAAAGUUUAGAGUCCUCUAACAGGAUACACCUCCAGGUAAUUAAGAAGAAUGAAGAACUGGUGUCAACUAACCAAAAGCUCAUGAUGGAUAAAAGUAAUUUCAUUGAUAAAGAUACUGCAAAACAAAUUAUAAAACAAUAUUAUGACGAAGAGAGCAGAGGAGGAGAAAGGAAAGAAGAUAUAGUCCAACUUUUGGAGAGAAUGUUAGAUAUAAACAUGAAAUCCAAAAAGUCAGAAGCAUCACAACACGAAAAUCGUCGUUCAUUACUAAACGAGUUCAUGGAAUUUGUAAAUGAAAAUGUAGAAUCCCGAUAGGAUUCUAUACUUCUAGUAUUUUAACACAUUUUAAAUAUAUUCUAAGUUUGGCAUUUUAAUCAACAAUGUAAUAUAUAAUCUUUUAAAACAA